GGCUGCACAUGUCAGAUAUGUUUUUUGUGAGUAUGUUUAUUGUGGCAUUUCGCACCUCUUUUUUUAAACAAGAAAGAAAGACUUUGUAGUACGACAAUAAUUAAACGAUAGUGAUAUAACCUAUCUAACGUUAGUUAGCGCACUAGCUUUCUUUUACGUGUUUUCACGUGCUAAUUUGGAAUGUAUCGGCGCGGCGGGGGCAAGAGGGACCACAACAACAAGACGGUGAAGAAGAAUGAGAGCGACAGCAAAAAAUAUGCCGAGCUUUUGGUGUUCGGCUAUGCCUGCAAGCUGUUCCGCGACGACGAGAGGGCUCACUUCCACGAGCAGGGCAAACAGCUCAUACCAUGGAUGGGGGACAAGAACAUCCUGAUUGAUAGGUAUGAUGGGCGUGGUCACUUACAUGACCUCUCCGAGUACGACGCGGGCUCGUGGAACAGAGACUACCAGCUGUCCGAGGAGGAGGCCAGGAUCGAGGCCCUGUGUGAUGAGGAGCGGUACCUGGCCAUGCACACAGACCUGCUGGAGGAAGAAGCCAGACAAGAGGAAGAAUACAAGCGUUUGAGUGAAGCUCUGGCAGAUGAAGGCACCUAUAACUCAGUGGGCUUCCGCUACAGCGCAGACUACUACGACCCUUCUCAACCCACUGAGGAAGAGGAGGCCAACAGGGAGACUGAAGAAGCAGAGCCACAGGAGAGCGAGGAACCCUACGUGGCACCCCCGGGCCUGGCGAUCCCCCCCGAUGUGGAGCUGCCAGCGACCACCAAAACCCAUGCCAUCAUUGAGAGGACCGCCAACUUUGUGUGCCAGCAGGGGGCCCAGUUUGAGAUUGUUUUGAAAGCCAAACAGUCUGGCAACUCCCAAUUUGACUUCCUGAACUUCGAACACUACCUGAACCCCUACUACAAACACAUCCUGAAGGCCAUGAAGGAAGGCCGCUACACCCCUGCAUCCGACAAGCAGGACUCACAGGACUCUGAUGAUUCUGACGAUGAUGGGGAUGGGAACUACCUCCACCCCAGCCUGUUUGCUCCUAAGAAGAGUUCUCGCCUUGAGGAGCUGAUGAAGCCCCUCCAAGUCAUGGACCCAGACCAUCCACUGGCAGCGCUGAUCCGGAAAACUCAGCAGGAACGUAACGGAGCCGCUGCUGCUGCAGCCGCCAUCAUGGCAACCAAGCCAGAGGAAGUACCCGCAGAGCCAGCUGUGCCCGCCACACCCGCAGAGUACAUCGCUGACCCUAACGUGGCAGCGAUGUACUAUGGGUACUGCAUGCUUCCUGAUGGGACCUACUGCCUGGCCCCACCUCCCCCUGGGAUCGAUGCCAACGGCUACUACAGCUCCCUGCCCUCUGGCAGAAUGUUGGGUCCACCCUCUUACUCUGGAACCCCGCCUCCUCCAGGGACCACGCCCCCUGCACCUCCUGAGCCAUCUACACGGAUCAUCUACACAGCACCUCCGACUACAUUUCCCAUCAUCCCACCACUAACUCCAGUUCCCAGCCAGGUCCCAGUCUGCCUCUCAACCCCUUCUCCUCCUGCUCCUGUUAUUCCUGCUGCUGUCAUACCAGAGACCAGUUCGCGGCCCCAGGCUCCCGUUGCCGUGGCGGCCCCAGUUGCCGUGGCAGCGCCAGCCAUCAUCCCCCCGCCCCCUGACAUCCAACCGGUUAUUGACAAGCUGGCUGAGUACGUGGCCAGGAACGGUGUCAAGUUUGAGACCAGCGUCCGCGCCAAGAAUGACCCGCGGUUUGACUUCUUGCAGUCCUGGAACCAGUACAACACCUAUUAUGAGUUCAAGAAGAAUUACUUCAUGCAGAAAGUGGGAAUCAGCCUGCCAGAGCGUGGCUCUUCAGACGGCCUGGGCCCAGCGGAGGGGGAGGCAGACAGUAUCGGCGUUGGUAACUGUCCCUCUGACAAACAGCUGAAUGAAGGCAAGCCAAUUAAAGUGCCCUUUGCGCCGAUCUGCUUCGCCAUCAAAGCCAAAGAGAACGACAUGCUACCGCUGGAGAAGAACCGUGUACGGCUGGACGACGACUCAGAUGAUGACCCGGACAAGUUGCUGGGCGAGGAGGGUCUGGAGGCCCUGCUGGAGGGGGCGGAGAUGGUGGUAAGAGCGGUCACUGCGACCCCUGAGGAGAAGAGACCCACUCUCACCCUGGAGGAGCUGGAGGCUAAACAAGCCAAGCAGAAGCUAGAGGACCGUCUGGCUGCAGCCGCCAGGGAGAAGCUGGCCCAGGCCUCAAAGGAGUCCAAGGAGAAGCAGCUGCAGGCGGAGAGGAAGAGAAAGGCAGCGCUGUUCCUCCAGACCCUACGUAACCCCCUUACUGGAGAGCCUGAGACCAGACGUCCUGACAAGACCACCGCCAUGCCUGAGCCACAGCUGCCAGAGGUCCCAGCGGCCCCCGUUGUCUCAGCCCCCCCUCCUCUGGCUUCUAGAGCACAUGUGUACCCAGCUGAUCAAAGACCACCUGACGUCAGCUCCUUCAAAAGCAAAGAGCCCCCCUCCUCCUCUUCCACCGUCCUGCUACCCUCCUCCUCAUCCUCCUCCACCUCCAGACGACCGGAGAAGAACCGGGACAGAGAGAAGGGCGACAGAGAAAAGAAGAAGAAGAAACGCAAGAAGAGGUCACGGUCGAGAUCGCGCUCUCGCUCCCGGCCUAAAACCAAGCACGCCCUGCCAAGCGCGUACAGAAUGGUACGCAGGUCUAGGUCUCGCUCCAAGUCCCCUGGGAGGAGGGACAGAAGGGCUCACUCGUCCGAGAGGAGACGUGAGGAGAGGGAGCGCUACGGCACUGCCGCCUAUCGCGUUGGCAUCAGCCCCGCUCUGCCCAGGAGGCACUCCAGAUCCAGGUCCCCUCAUGAGAAGAGGAAGAGGAAGAGUUCUAAGGGCAAGCUCCCAACCAAGGGCUCUUCCUGUUCCCCCUCCUCGUACCCUAGAGGAGCCAAGAAGUCCCCCAGCGCCUCCCCUCCCACCAGCCCCACUUCCAGCCUCUCCAGGGACGGCUCGCAGGAAAAAGGGAAACAAGUGUCCACAGCCAUCGUCUCCUCCAUGCAGUCUAAAAUCACUCAGGAUCUGAUGGCCAAAGUACGUGCCAUGCUGGCUGCCUCGAAGACCUCCCAGCCCAACACUCCCUGAAGAGGCGUGGCUUUCUAGCAGCUGGUUGGAAAAGGGGUGGAGCUUUACCACGUCUGCCUCUCCAUGACGACAGCCUCCAGCUAAAGGCCCUCGGCCAAUCAGCAGGCAGCGUCUUUGCGUGAAAUUGCGUUUUGCCUCUUCAGCUUUUAUCUUCCUCUCAUUUUUUCUAUUUUACUUUGAUACUUAAUUGGUUGAGCUUAUCUACAGUGUAUUCUGAACGGCAGUAGAUGUAAAGGAUUUUCUGCAACUGAGAGCAGUGUAGAUUAGCUCCUAAAGCAACUAAAUGGGACUGUUCUACCUGUCGAGAGAGAGCCUGCGUCACAGCAAUGGUCACGUAGCCUGAGAAAGUUGGAACACCUCUGUUCCCGACAUCUGGUUUUCGCACGAAUAAAGACAACAGAGUAUCAAAGCGUGGAAAUAACUCAUGAAGUACCUUGCAUCUUUCAACAACAACAAAAAUAUAUAAUUUUCUGGAAAGUGAUGAUGGAGAUCUUUGCGACAUAAUUACCCAGCUGCCAGAGGGCCUAAAGCAUAUCCUUCUGUGAAGGAUUGUUACGUUUCUUUCUUUCUCACACUUUCUCUCUCAUCUCCUUCUGUUUUCCUCUUUCUCUUCAUCGCUCUUUCUCUCUCACUUUGCAAGGUCAGUUUUAAGGCUGGGGUCUUUGGUUGUCAGUCCCUGUUGUCACUCAGUUCCAGUGUGUGGUCUUCAAUUUUGUACAGGGCUGAUUGUGAGACUGCUUUCUAACACAAACUAUCAAUAAAGUUUGAAUGAUGAUUUAGCA